AUGGACAUGUGUCGGAAACGCGACGACGAUAGAUUCAAAAUGUGCGAGUGUCGCCAGGUUACGGCAAGAGAUCAAGCUCGGGCUCUGUUGAUGUCCAGUGUGAUGAUGCCAAGCUCCGAGGACACCAAUGGGGGCGUGGAGGGCCUGCCGCUGUGCCUAUCAGCAGAAGGAAGUUGCCUCCACGCCGAUUGA